UUUCGAAAAUUGAUUCAGAAACGUCGCUAGAGUUUCAUUCAAAUUUUCCAUAUCCAAUCAUCGACGAAAUAAGUUGACAGGAAAAUGGUCAAAAGAAGUUACCUGGCAAACACUUUGCAUACCUUCAACGGUAUCUCGAUGAUUUUAUCCGUAGUCGUCAUGGGCCUAUGCUUGUGGCUCCGCUAUGAAUGGGACUUCAAGCACUACGUGUACGAACUGGAAGCCCAAAAGGUUUUGUGGACCGGCCCAUACAUUCUUAUUGCUUCGUCUACUUUGGCAAUGGCAACGCUCGUCAUCGGCAUCUGGGCAACUGUCGUCGAGGACUGCCAACUCUUUUUACUGUUCGUGAUGGGCAGCGUUUUGUCGGUCAUUCUGGGAAUAGCCGGACUUGCCUACACUCUCGAUCAUGGAAUCUACAAGUCUGACUUGACUCCGUGGUUGGAAGAACGCUUCUUUGUCCUCUUUCAUGAGAUGGAUCACAACGAAAAAUCGGCACGCAUCCUGCGAAUCAUUCAAGAAGAUAUUGAAUGUUGCGGUCCUUCCGACUGGAAAGACUAUGCGGCGUUUAACAAAGUCUUGCCAGACGAAUGCCGCAAUCCUUCGACUGGAAAUAUUGCGGGCGGCGGCUGCUCGGAAGAAUUCGCUCGCUGGAUGGAACCCAAAACUGGUUGGCUAUCUGGCAUCGCAUUGCUGCUUGUCGUCAUCCAGCUAGGAGGCAUAUCGACCAGCUUGUGGCUAAGGAAAGUAAUUUUGCGAGAGAAAUUCAAGGACAAUAAACCGUAUCGUCCAGUCCGGACAUAAAGAGAAGCUUUUAAAAUUUUCCAGUUUAAAUUUCUGACAUUUCUAAUACACGUAAUCAAAAGUA